GCGCGCGCUGACGGCAGUUGGCGGCCUGGGGGCGCGCGCUGACGGCAGUUGGCGGCUUGUGGCUCGAGGACACGCGCGUCCCGUCGACAGUUGGAGGCACGUGGCGCGCACACGACGGUUGAUGCGCGGGGACUCGCUCUGACAAGAGUUGGUGGUUCGGGCCGCGCGCGCGAUCGACAGACGGUUGGCGACUCGGGAGCGCGCGCUGACGACGGCCCGGGGCCGCGCGCUUUGUUUUGAAGUUGACGGCGGCCGGUUGUCCGGGCGACGGUUGUUGAUCCGCCAUACCACCCGCCAGCCCCAGCACUCGCCGGCCACACACGCCGGGCGCGGCAGCAUGUUCUCGGGCUCCAGGACGUCGUCGCCGGGCUCGGCCACCGCGGCCGGGCCCUGCGCGGAGCGGCAGACCGACAUGGCGGCGUGCGAGGGUAACGAGAAGGAGCUGCAGGACGGUAUGCAGGAGGGCAAGGACCAAAUCAAGGAGCUGAACGAGCGCUUCGCCAAGUACAUCAACAACACGGUGCUGAGCCUGCAGCGCAAGAACAAGGAGCUGCUGGCCGAGGUGAAGAAGCUGGAGAAGGAGGAGUUCAACGCGGCCGAGAAGGCGUACCAGAAGGACUACCAGGACUUUCAGUCGCGGGUGGAUGAAAUCCAAAACGAGCUGGUGCUGUUGAAGCUGGAGAAGGACAAGCUCAAGUCGCGGCUGGAGAAGGAGUGCCUGCUGAAGCGCGAGUUUGACCGCGACUUCCAGGACCUGAAGAAGCGGCUGGAGGAAGCGGGCGGCGGCCUGGAGCGGCUGCAGUGUCAGUUCAAGCUGUUGGAGGCUCAACUGGCGCAGCUGCGGCUGGUGCGGGACCAGGAGCGCAUCUACUGGCAGCAGAAGCUGGACAACCUGCAGAACUCGGAGCAGGCGGACAACGGCUCGCUCGACCUGGAGCAGGCGCUGCGCAACAUGCGGCAGGAGUACGAGCAGAUGGCGCGGCGCAACAAGGAGGAGCUGGCCCGAUACCGGCACAAGUUCGAGGAGAACAGCGUGCCGCUGCAGCGCAUCAAGAAGGAGACCGAGUGCUACCGCAACGCUGUCACCGACCUGCGGCUCCGCGACGAGAUGCACAAGAACCACUUGCAGGAGAAGGAGCGGGAGAUCGGCCGCAUCCGCGACUACAACAAGGCGCUGGAGAAGAAGCUAGAGACGCACACGGCCGAUUUCCAGACGCUGCUCGGCGUCAAGAACGCGCUGGAGCAGGAGCUUUCCGGCUACAAGAGUCUUCUCAACCAGGUGGAGAAGAAGUCGCGGGACUACUCCAACGCCGCCUGCAUCACCAGCGGUGCGCAGCCCGCCAAGGCGGCCGAGGAGAACAACAAGAUGUGGUGCUAGGGCACCGGCCGUCCGGGCAGGGGACAGUACCCCCGUUCCGGGGCACCUUUGCCUAGCCCAAGAUACCCCAGCCCAGCCCGGGGCACCCCUGUCUACCCUUGAUGCGCUGCAGCCCGAGGCAACCCUGCCGGAACACCUUGUCCCCUCCCCGGGGUACACCUCUGCCCUGUCCUCUCCACCCCAGCACGAAGCACCCCUAUCCAACCCGAGAUACCCCUUCCCCAUUCCGGGGCACUCCUGCCCAGGCCAAGAUACCCCUCCGCAGGACACCGCUACGCGACCUACUCCGGCCCGAGGCACCCUGUCCCCACCCCUCCGCAGGGUAGCCGUGCCCGACCCAGACCGUGGCAUCCCUUCCCCAGACCGGCCUGGGACACACUCUCCUUUCCCUACCCCAGUACACCCUAGCCCACCCCAGCCCAAGGCACCCUUUCCCCCGCAUAGCCGCGGCGGACCUGCCAACCUCGGCCCGGGCACUCCCCCCAGCUCUCCCCGGGGCAAUCGUGCUAACUCCGGCACGGUGCACCCAACUCCCCAGCCCUCCUCGUGGCAGUCCUGCCCACCCUCAGCUAACCACCUUCAACGAUACCUUUUUAAAACACCGACAACAGUCCGAGUAUUUAGGCGUUUAAACGCGCAGCAAUGCUCUCAGCUCAUUGAAAUUUCAUUGUAAGAUCACUAUUUAAUUAUCUGAUUUUAGUGAUGCUCCAGUUUAAAGACAAAAAUAAACGUCUUCAAAUUCCAACUGCAUGGAACGUGUCAUAAGAACAGAUUUGUUUUUAUUUAUAAUAGCCCACUGUUGCCAUGAAUCAAUCUGGAUGGAUGAACUUUUUUUUGGUCUUUGAAUUAGUAAAUUACAAACGCCAUUCCCGAUUGUGUUUUGGCAUGAGUACAGUUUAUUUGUUGUAGUUUGUAAUAAACCUGCAAACACUUAUUGAUAUUGUUUUAGGCUUUCAUUCA